AUGACAGCAAGGGAGGGCCGGAGCGAGGGGCUGGCAGGGAAACAGCCCGGCUGCAUCUUGAGGCGGCUUGCAGGCACAGCGGCCGAUGGAGCAGCAGGGGCUUCCUGCGAGCCACUCCGUGCCCAGGAGCCGCAGCGAAAGCCCGUGCGAACCAGCGGGAAAGGAAAGAAGCCGGCGGUGAUGAAGAAUCAGAGGCGCCCAGGCAAUGCGGCCGCCUGUGAGCCUGGUCCGGGCUGGGCUCCUGCGGCGCUGAGAAACAGCUGCAGCCAUCACCGGGUCCGGUGCCUCGGAGCGCCACUGCCCGGCCCCGGCCCCCGGGGGAAGCUGCCCACCCCAGGUGAGCCUGCCCUCCCCUUCGGCCAGCGCUGGCCUCGGGGAGACGCCCAAGGACAGCAGCCGACGGCGGGGAAGAGCCGCCGGCACCGCGCCGAGGGCCCGGGCUCUCGAAGGAGGCUUGGAGGAGAUUCAGUCCAAGGCGGGAGGCUGCCCCAAGUGGCUAUCGCGGCAGUGUCGGGAUACAGACGGCCUGGGCAGUUUCGCCGAAGCCCCCUCUUGCAGCCCAAUCCUGAGCCUGCGCCCCCGGUGUCUCUGCCAGGCUCCGGCAGGGAGAAAACAACCCACCGAGCCACGCACUCGCCCCAGGAUCCGCCAGGGUCUCACCGCGGUAGAGGGGCCGCAGCCUGCACGGUGAGGCUGCCACCGAUCGGGAAAAGCAGCUCGAGUGGCCCCUCCGGCUGCACCGCGUCCUCACCGCUACCAGCACCCGUAAAUUCAGCCACUGAUCCCGGCUCUCCGGCAGAUGGGGGAUCGCUCCAUCUGGGACAGGCGUUACCAAAGAAGUGA